GGUGCCACAAGGACUCCUUGUUAUAUAUUAAAAAAAUACGUAGUAACCCUUUCCCUCAUUCCGAGAGAGAGUGGCAGCACUGACUGAAAAAGCGCCAUAUUAGCUAACUCCCACAAACACCUGCCCUCUAUGACAUGAAUCAGGAAAAGAGGGCAGACUAGACAGCGUCAUAGAAGCAUGUUGUCGGUAGGACUGUGCCGGUGCUCAGUAAGUAAACUUCUGAAUCUUUGUUCUACCCUUUUUCAAGACUCUUGUUUUUCCUCCUCUUUAUAUGUUAAGACUCUUGGUAAUAGUUCCUCUAACAAGGCUGUAGCUUUUUUGAUGGCUCGGAGAAGAGCCUUUUAUUUUUACUGUAUGUCUCCAAAGAUGUAGAAAAUAAGCACUGUGAAGUAACUCAAACAUAUGUAAGCAACUUAAUUAUACAUUUUAAAAACUUUUUAACAAAAACUGUGAUAAGUGACUCGAUUCAUUUGGUUUUCUCAGAAGAUAAUCAAGCUUAUGUGAAUUAAACUUUUCCUGUAAUUAAGACUUUGCAGCUUCUCUGCCAGUUUCCCUUUAAAAGGAUUCUUUUCUGUCAGACCCACAAACAAGCGAGCCCAGAAGAAUCUAGUCCUUGGUAAAAAUCUUUAACAACUGUCUCCUUUGACAGUUAGGCUGAAUUUUAUUGUUCUGUAAUGGUUAUAACCUUUCUUUAAAGGGGAAAAGAGGUAAUUACUUUUGUAACUCGUUUUUUUUUCCUUUAUAAAACAGAACAACAACAAACCUUAACUGGAAUAAAAUACUCUUUGAUUCUGGAGAGUAUUCAUUUAAGACCUUUUUUAAUUUCAUAUUGUCCAGUUUUCCCCUCCUCACUCACUAGUGGCCCAUUUUAUAUCUCGGGAGAAAAACGUCUUAAAUGUGCCCACUAUUCUUAAAACCUGCCUCACAAUGGCUUGUCAGUGAUAGGUGUGCCUCCAGACCCUGAAUUCCUUCCCGAUUGACCCCAGAAAAUGAUGAAAGGGUCAAGAAAGUCUAACAGACAAAUUUGGGCUUCUCACUAGGCAGAAAGGGGGCGGGGUAAGGGGGGGACUUUGUGUCUAAUACUACUUUCUGAUUGGUCCCUUCACAGGGCUAAGGGCAUAGCCGCCUGUCCAAAACUGAAUAAGGUAAUAGAUAUGUGUAUACUUAUAUUCUCCAACAAAGAACAGGAAGCCUCGGGUAUUUGGUGCAUAUAAUGAAGGCCAUGUGUAUUUUGCAGCAAGUUUAACCUAAUUUCACAGCAAGACCCGUGGUUUCUGUGGCACUACAGUGCUAACUUCUGUAGUGAACUGAAAAUUCUGCAGCAGCAUCUGGAAAAUGUAGAAGUUACAGAGAAGCACAGUAGCUGGAUCUUUCUAAUACACUUACUGGUAGUGAAUAAUUAAAUUUCCGCAUUACAUUCCAGAGUCAACAUCCAGUUAAGAUCAGCUUCUAUUCGGAUCAUAUUUGAAAGGUUAUCUCCACAGUCAUGAUGACUAGAAACUUGUUUUUUGAAAAUUAAAAGAUUGGAAUCUCCUGCACUCUUCUGUACAGAGAGUAAUGCUGUAGGAACUCAGGCAGUUUCAGCAUUGCAGAAUACACAGAGCCAUAUUUAUAUAACCCAAGUACCCUCAACAGUAUCUAAUGACAAACACCCUUCAUGGGAUGUCUUCUCCCCACUGACAAGCACACCCAAGAGUACCAUGUGUUUGCCUAAAAGUGCAAACCACUUUUCCCACCCCUACCAGUUCAUUAUGAUUGUCAAUCUGUACUGAUAAGAAACUCAGAACCAAAGUAGCAGGGGCUGUUGCAUGUGGACCCAGAGGACAUCUGAUAUAAUCCCCCUCCUCCCCCAUCACUUGUGGCUCUGAAAACCAUGUGGUGUAACCUUCGCUGUCCUGUCUCUUACAGAUCAAUAGACUGUCGCUAAAGCUGCAAGUUUGUCACAGAAGUCAUGGCUCCGUGACUUUCCAUGACUUCUGCAGCGGCCAGUGUGGCUGGCUCUGGAGCUGCCUGAGCAGCUCAGGCAGCCUUUGGGCACGUCGCACUGUCUGCUGCUGGGGCAGUCUUAGGCCACCGCUCCCCGCACCCAAUAGCAGAAGGAGGAGUUUGAGUUGGGGAGGUGGAAUAUGUGAAGCAUGGAGCCCUUGGAGCUGGGUAGUGCUGGUGUACUUCAUGAGCAAAACUCCAUUCAUGUCCCGACAACAAAGGCACUGACCAAUCCCUGCCUUCCUUCUUAAAGGAAAGCCCAGAAGGUACAUUCUAUUGAAGAAUCUCCAUUUGAAAGGGACACAGAACAAGAGCACAGCCACUUAUCUUAACAGUCAUGGAGGACACUGGUAACAGCAAGGAGGAGAUAUUGACCUCCAGAAAUGAAACAGCAGCAGACAAACCCUCUCUGCUAAACAAUGCUGUCCGAAACCAUUCAAUAGAUACAGUCCGGCAGCUGUUGAAAGAAGGAGCAGAUGUUAAUUCCAAGGUAGAAGGUGGUUGGACACCUCUGCACAGUGCUGUACAGGCUGAUGAGGAAGAGAUCGUUGAUCUUCUGCUGGAGAAAGGUGCUGAUCCGUGUGCUAGGAAGAAAAAUGGUGCCACUCCCUUUGUUGUCGCAGGGAUAGUCGGAAAUGUGCGACUUUUAGAGCUCUUCCUUUCUAAGGGGUCAAAAAUCAAUGAGUAUGAUGACAAUGGUUUCACAGCUUUUAUGGAGGCUGCUGGCUAUGGGAAUGAGGAUGCCUUAAGAUUCUUAUACAAUAAUGGGGCAGAUGUGAAUUUGAGGAGGGUGGUUAACGAGGAGAAAAGGACACUGAAUAAAGGUGGGGCAACAGCCCUGAUGGAUGCUGCCAGGGAGGGCCACCUCUCAGUUGUAAACAUGCUUGUCAGUGAGAUGAAGGCUGACAUGAACAUCUGUGACAACCAGGACAGGAAUGCUUUAAUCUAUGCCUUCCUUCCAAGUGAUAACAAGACAAGGGAGUCAAUUCUCCCAAUAGUUCAUUUCCUGCUGGAUUGUGGUGUUGAUGUGAACAGAAGAGAUGAACAUGGGAAAACUACCCUCAUCCUGGCAGUCGAGAUGCAAAGUCUGGAUUUGGUGAAAGCUUUAUUGGAGAAGAAUGAAGUUGACAUCAAUGAUGCUGACAGAGAGGGCAAAACAGCACUGAUGAUAGCUGUAGAGAAAAACUAUUACGAAAUAGCAAAGCUACUGUGUGAAAGAGGGGCAAGGACCGACCUUGGGGACCUUAUUGGGAUUGUCAAUAGGAAAUACAAUAAGAAAAUGGCAGAUCUUCUUCGCCCGUACGGCGCCAAGGCUGGUCCAAGUCAACCUCAAGAUUGGGAACCCACCAGCAAAUGCUGGGGAGAGCAGCUGAAAGUUCUCUACAACAUGUAUCGUCCUAUGAUUGGAAAACUUAAAAUCCUCCAACAUAAUGAUUUCAGGAUUCAGAGAACCUCCCAAGGGGGCAUCUACCUGGGACUCUAUGAUGGGAAAGAGGUGGCUGUGAAGAUAUUCUGCAUUGGCACAGAAAUUGCUAAACAAGAGAAAAUGUGCCUUGAACAAUGUUUGACCAGCAACCAUUUAGUAAAGCUUUUUGGUGCUGAAGAAAAGAAACCCUGCCUGUACUUGUGCCUCUCGCUCUGUGAGAAGAACCUUGAAGAACACCUGAGUGCAUCAGAGAAUGAAGUGAAUUGCAAGAGUGUUCUUAAGACACUCUUUGAGGCAGUUCAAGAACUACACAUGUUUGGAUUUGGCCAUCAGGAUCUACACCCACGUAACAUUUUGAUAGAUGCUGCUGGUAAAGUUCGCUUAGCGGAUUUUGAUAAGAGCAAAAGAUUGAGUGAAGGACAGAAGGAUGAUGUUAUAAUCAAAGACCUGAAGGCGCUCAGCAGGCUGGUCUUGUAUGUUGUAACAGUGGGUAAGGUCCCCUUUGAGGAAAAUGAUAGAGAUGAUUUGGAUAAAAGUUGUCCAGAGGAUGUGCAGGACUAUGUGGAGAUAGCAGACCUUAGGAAAAGUCUGGUCUCUCCUGGUGAAGGAAGCCCAGUUGAGAACCUGCUGAGAGACUUGAUCCAACAUCCCUUUUUCUGGAGCAAGCAGAUCAGGUACAGGUUCCUGAGAGACGUUGGGAAUGAGAGCGAUAUCAAAACACGCAACACCAAGCAUCACAACAACAAGAGUGAGAUUCUGAAAGCUUUGAAUUGUGAUGGGCACCCUCUGCAGCAGUGGACUGAGCAGAUUGACAAAUUGGUUCUGGAUAGCAUGCUCAAGCACUUCAAGAACAAGAAGAAACAGUAUGAAAACUAUGUCACGGACCUACUGAGGUUCAUCAGGAACAUGGGCGAGCACUUUGAUGAGAGGGAAGAAAAGGUCAAGGAAAUAAUCAAGGAGCCCUCGGAGUAUUUCAUGAACCUAUUUCCAGAACUGACAGUUUAUGUCUACAAGUGUUUAUGCAGCAUACAGCAUCGUAGACAUUUUCCAAGCCCUGAGAGUCUUUCUCAGGUGUAACAAGUUCAGAGUGGGGGAGGAACCUUGACAGCUCCUAUGGGUGGGGUACUUGGAGCUUGGUUCGGGUUCCUAUCAGUAGGCUUCCCUGGACUAAGGUUUUAGUGGAUAGGGCUCCCUGGGCUAGGGGUAGGUUGCAAAUGGUACGAUUUUUCAGGAUAGGGUUAGGAUUCCAGUGGUUAGUGCUCCCCUGGGUAGGGUUAUGAUUUCAAAUGGCAGGACGUGUCAGAAUAGAAUGUUUCAAGGGGUUGGGGUCUGUGCACAAGAGUCUUGUUCCAGAGAACAACGCUCCCCAAACGGUAGGACGUGUUGGGAUAGGGACUGGGUUCCCAAGGUGGUGCUCUUAGGGCUAGGGUUAGCAGUGUUGUAAGUAGAAUCCAUUUCUUACCAGUACAGGAGGAGGGGCACCAGCUAAGGGGGGACACAUGACCUCCCCACGUGACCCUCCAUGUCACUGCUCCCCACCCACCCCCAGCCUGGGGACCCUACGCUCUCCCCAUCCCCUCUCCUUGAUGGACAGAGAAAGAGGGAGGCGUAGGGGGGCCUUGGAGCAUUUAGUCCUCCUUUCUAUCAUUGAGUCCCUCUCUUGGAAAACAUUUCCAGCUGAUAUUCAGAAGACAGUGUCAGAAUAUUCCCCGGUAGUUUUCCCACCUGUUUCCUAGUCCUCUGUCUCCCUUCCUGCUUGUUGGCUCUGUUUACAGCUUAAAUGCAAAUUAAGCAGAGCACACGUUCCUGAGACAGACCUGUUGCCAACCACAGUUUGGAACAUGUGUUAAUUACGUCAUACAGGGAAAUCGUGUAAUUUCACAUACAGGAUUGCCACACACAUUUUAUUAGGACAGUAUUGACCAGCUAAUCUUCAAAUGAUACUUACAAGACAUGUCUUGGACAAAGAUUAUUAUAAUUGUGCGUAGGGUGUAGACACGAGUACAUUGUCACACUGCCAUCCUGUACCUGUGCUGUGUAUUCACAGUCAGGUUUGGCCUCCCUCUCACCUGAGCAGGCAGGUCCUUUUGUUCCCAUGGGCUUUGCUUACCAAUCCCAGUUAUCAAAUAGGCUGGCAUUACAUUUAUAUUUUGUUUAAAAGCAUAAAAGACAACUUGCUGUGAGGGGAGUCCUAGCUUCAACGCCAGACUGGGCUCUUUAAUCUUUCCUCCCCAGAGAGCAGCUUUCCAGCUCUCUCGAGAUCUGUCUUUGUAGUUGGGAUUGAAAACUAACUAAACUGGGCCUUUCUCUUUUAAAUGUUGCAUAAGUACCAGUAACAGCUGGAUGAGUGACAGGCCCAGGUAUACGUUGUAUAGUUGUUUUAUAAGCAGUUGUUUCAUUAGAAGUUGGAGAGACAUUUACGACGUGUAUUUAAUGCAUCCAGUUGGUAAUCUCAUACAUUUUCAUUUUAAUGCUACAUCAUUAUGAGAGUCUGGAACUAUUUCUGUGUAGUAUGGAAACCAGGGAGCAGAUCUUGCAAACUCUUACGAUUGUAAGUAAUACUGAAUCCUGUGAGUGGGCUCACUGAAGCCAAAGGGAGUACUGGGAUAAGUAAGUAUUACAUAUGUAAGUAAGGCUUUACAGGGUCUGCCCCUAGAAUCAGCACAGCACUGGUGCAGAAGCUUUGAUGCAUGAGGGCUGGCAGGAGCUAAUAUAUUUUCCUGUAUCUAUUCACAAUACACAUAUUGAUGCUUAUGAUAUGUAAUCAGUGCAAUUAGAUGCCUGCAGCAUUCUUUGCUUUUUCAACUGUACCUGCUUUCUGCCCUAUCUGAUAUACGCAGUUAUUGGGUUUUUGUCUUUUACAGUGAGAUUUUUGUCAUCAGUAUUCCCAGAUAAAUCUGGAAUAAACUCAGUUGGACAAUCA